AUGCAGGAAAUGUGGGAAUGUGGGACACUUCAUGAGCUGCUGCUUAACGAAGCAAAACAAGGAAAACGUAUGGCACAGAAAUCUCAAAGAGGAGGACAGAUUCAUACAGUAGAGUCGGAAUCUGAUUCAGAUGUGUUUGCAUUUAUUCUGAAGACAUCGGACAAGUCGUCAGACAAAGUUACGGUCAGUCUUGGAGGAUAUCCAGUGGAAUUCGUUAUUGAUAGUGGUGCAUCAGCCAAUAUUAUAGACAAAGAACUGUGGGAAGCUCUCAAGAAGAAACGCCUAAAAUGUUAUUCUGAAAAAUGUGAGAAGAAACUCAAUGCAUAUAGUUCUACAGAACCACUGAAAUUGUUAGGAAAAUUUCGAACACAUACCUUGAUCGAGGAAACAGGCAACGGUAGUGAAGAAGAAUUCUAUGUGUUGAAUGGAAAAGGACCAGCUCUGCUAGGCAAAAAUACCGCUAUGAAUUUAGGAGUUCUUAAACUUGGUGUCAACAGUGUACAAUCAUUUGACAUUGUUCGUGAAUACCCAGAGUGUUUCCAAGGAAUAGGAAAGCUGAAAAACUUUAAGUUAAAGCUGCAUAUUGAUCAGGAUGUAAAACCUGUUGCGCAAGCUAUGUACAGGAUUCCAUACAGUUUGAGAGAGAAAGUUGGAGAGCAACUUGAUGACCUUGAAUCUCAGGAUAUCAUUGAGAAAGUGAAUUCUCCUACACCUUGGGUCAGUCCAGUCAUUAUUGUACCGAAAUCCAAUGGUGACAUCAGAUUGUGUGUUGACAUGAGACAAGCCAAUGCUGCGAUUAUUCGUGAAAGACACCCUAUUCCGACUGUGGACGAAAUACUCUACAAUGUGAAUGGUAGUGAAGUGUUUAGCAAGUUGGACCUUAGAAGUGGAUACCAUCAGAUUGAGUUGGAGGAACCUUCAAGGGAGAUCACUACAUUUGGAGUACAAAACAUUUCCGAUGAUAUUGUGAUCCAUGGGCGUGACAAAGCAGAACAUGAUAAAAGACUUUGUAAAGCAUUGCAGAGAAUUAAAGAAAAAGGACUUACGCUGAACCAAGCAAAGUGUGAAUUUAGCAUGAACAAAAUAACAUUCAUGGGUCAUGUGAUGUCUAAGAAUGGUAUUGGGCCAACAAGUGACAGGAUCAAGUCAUUACUGGAUGCAAAAGAGCCAACAAGUGGAUCUGAAGUGAAAAGUUUCCUUGGACUUGUAAACUUUAGUGCACGAUAUAUACCAAACCUAGCGACUGUGUCAGAACCGCUGAGGAGAUUGACAAAGAAGAAUGUGAACUUCGUAUGGGGACAUGAACAGAAGAAGAGUUUUGAUACGUUGAAACGUUGUUUGCCAAAUGUGGAAACUUUAGGACACUACAGGUUAGAUGCAGAAAAAACACAGUUAGUGACAGAUGCUAGCAAUGUAGGCCUUGGGGCAGUCUUACUUCAAGUGCACAAAGGUGAAACGAGAGUCAUCUGUUAUGCAAGCCGUACAUUGUCUGUGGCAGAACGCAAUUAUUCGACAACAGAGAAAGAAGCUCUGGCAGUUGUGUGGGCAUGUGAGAAGUUCCAUAUUUACUUGUAUGGUGUAGAGUUUGAGCUGAUUACAGAUCACAAGCCAUUAGAAGUUCUUUAUGGAAGAAAAUCUCGACCAAAUGCACGAAUUGAACGCUGGUUGUUGAAACUUAUGGCAUACAAUUUCAAAGUGCGUUACUUACCUGGACAUCAGAAUAUUGCAGAUGCAUUGUCACGUUUGGUGGAAAACAAACCUGUGGAAAACAGUAACUCUAUGGAGACUGAACAAUAUGUGAAAUUUAUAGCGAGGGAAGCUACGCCUCAUGCAUUGUCUACUCGAGAAGUAGAAGAAGUUUCAAAGAGGGACGAAGAACUUGUCAGAAUUCGUAGAUUCAUUAAAGAAGGGGAAUGGGAAAAAUCGUGUGUUGACUAUUUUCCAUUCAGAGAUGAAUUUUGUUCUAUUGGAUACCUUGUGUUACGUGGAUCUAGGAUUGUGAUUCCGAGAAGUUUGAGAAAACAGUGUGUUCAGUUAGCACACCAGGGGCACUUGGGCAUUGUUGGGACAAAACAACAACUUAGGACGAAAGUUUGGUGGCCUGGUAUGGAUAAAGAAGUGGAAAAGUACGUGAAAUCAUGUCAUGGAUGUCAGAUUACUAGUGCAUAUCCAACACCUUUACCGACGGGACCUUGGCAAGAAUUGGCAAUUGACUUACUGGGACCAUUAACAUCAGGACAAUAUGUGUUAGUUGUAGUGGACUACUUCAGCCGUUAUUAUGAAAUUGAAAUUACCAAAGACAUUACAAGUGAGAAAAUCAUUGAUGCUCUAGAGGGAAUGUUUUGUAGACACGGAAUUCCAUAUCAAAUUACAUCUGAUAAUGGACCACAAUUCAAGUCUAAGUUAUUUGAGGAUUAUUUGACAGAUAACUGCAUCAAACACAGAGCAGUUACACCAUUACAUCCGGCUGCAAACGGGGAAGUUGAACGUCAAAACCGGUCAUUGAUGAAAAGGAUUAGAAUUGCACAAGCAGAAUCUAAGAAUUGGAAGAAAGAAAUCCGGAAAUACUUGUUUGCAUAUCGAACAACUCCACACAGUACAACUGGGGUGUCGCCAGCAGAAUUGAUGUUCCGCCGUAAACUGAGAACAAAAUUACCGCAAGUAGAGAAUCUACAAGAAAAUGUGUUUGAUGAAGAAAUGCGAGGUAAGGAUGUGUAUUCAAAGUACAGAAACAAGCUGUAUGUUGAUGAGAAACGUGGUGCAGUGGAUUGCGAUUUAGAGCCUGGAGAUUCAGUCCUUUUGAAGAAAGCAGUCAAAGACAAAAUGGACACUCCAUACCAUGCAGAGCCAUAUACUUUGGUACAGAAAACUGGAAACAGCUGUGUUGUUGAAUCACCAGAAGGAGUCACAUUGAAGAGGAAUAGCGAGUUUGUGAAAAAGUAUCAAGAACCGGGAACUUCAGAAAGUGAUGUGUCCGAUAUUCCAGAGACUUACAGUGAACCGAUCAUUGUAUCCGCUGAUACAGGUGAUGAAGGACAGCCUUCUGUGAGGGAACCUAUCGCAAGAAAACCAACAGAGCCAGUCUUGAGAAGGUCAACCCGUGUAAAGACAGUUCCGCAACGUUUUAAGGACUUUAAAAUGUGA